AGCGCUGAAACCCCAGUGCGCUGCAUACUCGCGCCCCGUUUGCAUGGACAAAUCCACGGAGGUCUCCACUUGUUACUCCUGAACCCAAAGAUCCCACUCUGAUUGAACACUCGGUGAUCCCAGCGACUCUGAAGGGGGAGCACCGUGUGAGCAUGGCUCGGACUUCGGGGCUGUUUGUGAGUUGUUUGUUUCUUCUCUCCUCCGCCGCGGAAGGAAAGCGCAGCAGGGAGAGAGUUUACUACGUGGGGAUCAUUGAGGACGCGUGGGAUUAUGCACCCAGUGGAAAAAACCUGCUGAACGGGCAAGACGUCCAAGAUGAUGAGUGAGUUUUGAUUGUCUACUAUUGACUUAUUUUGGAAGUGUAAUGUGAGGGUAACUCUGGGACCAAUAAGGUCAUUAAUGGGAUUACACAUGGCGAUUAUCAGCCAAUCUGAGAGCGGGCUGCUGAAAUAUGUUAGGUCAAUAGUUUCCCAGAAGGAGCUCAGUGGGUCAUGCUGUCAGGUUGUGAUCAUGUCUGGACUUCUUCAGUUAUGCUGUGGACUUUUCACGGCUGUCUGGCUGCAGGUCCUCAUGAAAGAUGACAGUAUUUGACUGACUUUUGGUGAAUGACUGUCUUCUUUCAUGUGAUUAGAGGCUUCCUCUGCUAUGUAUGACACUGACCAAAGACAGCUGCUUCUGUAUAAACAAGACAAGAGUUUGCAUCUAAACAGCAAUACUGUGAUUUUACACAGAGAUGGAGUUACUUCAGAAUAAACUGACAGGUGUGAGAGGGUGUAAUGAAGAUAUCCAGGAGUGAAAAUAACCAGGAUGUGCUUCUCAAUUGUGACCCUUUAUUGUACGCAGGCACAAUUUAGAGGCAAAGCUGAACCCACAAAUAAUUGUUAUUAUUUGGUGCCCAAUGCUUCCCCACUGAGCAUUUUUUGGUCUAAAAGAGGUCUAAUAGACGUCUAAAUGUAGCCUAUACUACUGGUCUAAAUCAGGCUACCACAGGUCUAAAAAUGAAAGUUUUUAGUCUAAAUCUGGGCUAUAUACUACACUAUAUAUUGCGCAACAGCUAUCAUAAUUAUUUUGGUUAAGUACUUGGAGAUCAGUUAUGCAAUUCACAGUUGCUUCUUGAAAUAAAUAGUUAUCAAAUAAUGGGUUAAAGUGCCUUGUCUUGUCUACAUUGUGAUUUUUAUGCUGACGGAGGCAGAUUUUCUAAUAAAUGGGACACCUAACAACUGUUGAUAAUGUUUUUAAGUGUCCAGCCAAACAUCUGAGGAGAAGCAGAAAACUUUAUCUUCUAAAAGCACCCAACAGAUUCAGUCGGAUAAGGUAUUCUACAGAGACAGACAAGCUUUUGCACUAUAAGUGCAGUGUUGAACGCUAAAGAUAAAUGGAUGUGUUUUAAAUGAAUGAAUUUGGGAUAAAAUCAUUAUAUUUUCAUGAUAAUUGUGAUGAAUUUUCUCAGGUGGUUAAUUUCCUUUUGUAAAACUGAUACAUCCUGACAUAAUAUAGGAAAUUUUACGCCUUUCUCUCCACUCUGUGACAGUGCCAAACACAUGUUCACACCAAGACCACCUGUUUUAGUGUAAAUUAUUCUUAUCCUCUCUAGAGAUCAUGAAGCCUAUUUAUUGUUUUGAUUUGACAGUUUUAAUUCUUGGGCAGGUAAUACCUGCUUACUCCUCCAAUUUAGGGCUCUCACCGUACGGUGUCAUUACAAAAUAUAAACAGCAGUCCAUGGGAACCACAAUGAUGUGUGUUUUAUUAUAGGUAUAUUGAAGUUGCAUUGGAUUUUAAAUACAGUUGUGUCAUCCCAAAAAACUUAAGUAUCUGGGUGGUGAAGUAGAAAAUCAUAUUUUGCUGAUGUGGAACAUGAUGACGUUUGUUCUAAGAAUUACUAACCACACGGAUUAUCAAAUGUGCAUAUCUCGGUAGAUUUUUACCACAUGUAUCUUCCUGUUUUUUGAAUAACCAACUGCAAGAUCGCCUCUGUUGCUGUGGAGCACCCUAUUCUUCCCACUGAACAUUUUUUGGUCUAAAAGAGGUCUAAUAGAAGUCUGAAUGUAGCCUAGAUGACUGGUCUAAAAUCAGGCUACCACAGGUCUAAAAAUUUAAGUUUUUUAGACGUCUAAGUUUAGACCAAGUCUAAAUCUGGGCUAUAUACUACACUGUAUAUUGCUCAAUGGCUAUCGUAAUCAUUUUGAUUAAGUACUUGGAGAUCAGUUAUGCAACUCACAGUUGCUUUUUGAAAUAAAUAGUUAUCAAGUAAUGGGUUAAAGUGCAACGUCUAAAUUUAUUAAAAAUAUACAGAAUCUAGACGGUUGAAAUUAGGUAUGAAAAAAAAAAAACAAGAGGUCCAAUAGCCGUCUAUUGCUCAGUGGGUUCCUAUACCUUUAGUGAUAGUUUCAGUUAGACCUGACUUUCCCUCUUUUCCUGUCAUAAGCACGCUCUAACACACACUUUUGUUGCUAAUUCUCCUCUCUUUGCAAAAGCCUGUAAUGAAAUACACAAAAAGAGCUGAUUGACUUGAGAUCCUUUAUUGAUUCUUAUUAUAAAAGAAGAAACAAGGGUGACAAGUAUAACACGGUAAAACAAAACUUAGCAUUUUUGGUUGGAGAGUAGCCAUAAGAUCACACCAGCAUUUUAGGAUUUUGUCUUUCUUAAGAGGAGAGUUCAAAUCGCCAAGACAAAGUGACAGUUAAGCACAAAAGAGAUUCUCUAACAGGUGGAUCUGGAGAAAUAAAAGGGGUACAGGUUUGACAGGGACACUGUAUAGAGAAGAAAGUCAGGAUGAUUUCAAGGACCAAUGAGUAAGAGUGGCCCAAAAAAUUGUGAGGAUAUUUGCUUCAGAAUGGACAAAUGAGAUAUUUAGCUAAAAUCCCUGGGGUUAGAUAACGGUUAAAAAAUCAAUGAAAAUAAAACACAGUUAAAAUCAAGCUUACUCAGUGUCUCAGCUGUAUUGGUGUAUUUUAGAGGGCGACUGUUUGCACUUAAUUGCCUUGACCAGGUGCUCGUAGAAAACCCUCAAUUAGCAGGCUGUCAACAAGUCUGUCAAUAUAACCCGUGUGCAAAUUUAGUAAAGGUAAUGCUUUCUGUUCAUCCUUUUGCUUUGGUUAUAGGAUAUACAGUAGCAAAACUGUGUAGGCAACAGCUCCAGUAACAGGUUAUUAGCCCACAGAAACCUGUAAUAACAAUAAUUACAAGUCUAAUUGUGAGAGCUGCCACCAGAUGCAUUUAGUUCUGCCAUGUAACACCUCUAAUUAAAGUCAAAUAAUCUGCAGGAUAGAUCCAAGGCUUGUGUUAAGUCUAACAAAGUGUGUUACAAUGAUCUCACCCUCCUUUCUGUGUACUUAUUCAGAUACUGGUAAUGCUCUUCGUGUGGUUUUUUAUUAAGUACAGACAGUCAUGAAGCUGGUUGACUAAAAUAAGGUGAUUAAACUCAUGUCAUGAUCUUAUUAUGGUUAUUUGCUUCAGUGUUUGUCUUUUUCCUAUUACUUUAAUAUCACAUUCAUGUUACAUUUAAAUAUAUUGAACUGUCUUUGUUGUAAAUAAUGUGAAUAUUAGAGAGAGUGAAACAAACUCAUGUCAUUGUGCAACCGUGUAUUGUAUAAUAUGACAGUACCCUGACCCUGACCUUAAAAGAUGUCAAAGAAAACAAGAUUAACAGCUGUCUUUCUCUCCCCUCCCACUGCUGCAUCUGUGUCUUUUAUCUCAGGCAUGCAUCUGUAUUCCUGGAAAGAGGACCUCAGCGUAUUGGCAGCGUUUAUCAGAAAGCCAUGUUCAGACAGUAUACAGAUGCUACAUACAGUCAGCUGAGCCCCCGGCCUGCCUGGCUUGGCUUCCUGGGGCCUGUACUGCGAGCUGAGGUCGAUGAUGUGCUUGUGGUCCACCUGAAAAACUUUGCGUCCAGGAACUACUCCAUGCACCCCCAUGGAGUUUUCUAUGACAAGAAUUCAGAGGGUAUAAUAUGAUAUACAUAUACACUAUAUGCAAACCUGAAAACACACACUGAAAGUUCUUAGAGAGGAAUGUCUGUAUUGAAAGUAAUGUUUCGCUGAGAGGAAAUGUAGGUAUACUGGAGUUUUAACAGCUCAUCUUCUUGUCCUAUAGGCCAAGAUAAAUCAGGCUUUUUGUUAUUAAAAACCAUGUAAAUGUUUUGUUAAGUAUAAUGUCAUUGAGGAGCAGUCAGGUGUUUGUCUGAAUGGACAGUUUCCAAAAUCAGACUCUUGAUCAAACUUAGUGAUGUCUCAAUAUUCAGAGACAAAUGGAUAAGAUUUAUUUCAUCUGAUAGUUUUUCACCCUAACUUCUCCCCUUGAGAUGUUUGUCUGAAAGUGUGGCACCUUUGUAUUCACUCCUUUGUCUCACUGCCAUAUGGUCUCAGAUAACAGGAUGCUGUCAGGCAGAAGUGAAAAAAGAACAAGAACUCUCUCAAAGACAGAGAGUCUAUUUGUUCUGAUGUACAAAAAAAAAAAAGAAGUGAAACUUGGCAAUUUCAACCCCCCCCCCUGCCAGGUAUGAAUCUUGGGAACUUUGCAGUUCUUUGUUACACAACAAACCUCCCUUCCCACUCCUCUGUAAUGAAACAUCCUACCUCUGAGGUUUUCCAAAGCCAAACAGGAACUGAAACCACAACCACAUUUUUGUUGCUAUAGUUUCCUCAUCUAAAACAGAUAAAGUUCAGCAGUCAAGGAGCCAAACUUUACUUAAGAUGUUAGGAAUCUUUCAAUCUCCUUAUGACAAUUCCUCAGUCACUUACAUUCACAUGGACCAGACUUCUAUGAUGACUGCAGCACAUAAUCUCAAUCUGGAAGUUCUACUAAAUUGUUGUAUCUUAAACUUGGAUCAAGUGUAGUGUCCUCCCUCUCAGUUUAGUUUUGUGUUAGCUUUUUUAUGUUGAGGCGUUUCACAAUUUCACCCAUUUCUUGUGAUUGUCUGACUAGCAAUAUGUAAAUAGUUUCCACCAGGCCAGGAAAGAAGAGAAUGAUGCAAAAGAGGUGAAAGGGGAAGUGAAAAUGUCAACACAUUAAGACAAAUAAAACUGAUCAAAUCAGCUGAACCAUGACAUGUUGCAAGUUAAAAGUUGGUACAGAGGUUAAGGAAAUACUGCUGAGGAAGACAGAGGUCAUUUGGGUGUUUAUAGAUCAUACACAGUUGCACACGUGGAGGCUGAGAGCUUUACAGAGAUAAGAACGACAGAGGAAAGGGAUAUGACCUAGAUUUCUGAGACCUCUAUUUAAGAACAGGGUUAUAAAACCAUCUACAGAAAAUCACUGUCUUCAUGGUAAAUCUUUUUACCUUUAAACUAAGGUCUAAAAAACUUCUUAGGAUUUUAGCAUUAAAGCAGUAUCAUUGAUUUUUUUUUUCAGAGGGUAGAAGCAAACAGACUUAUCAGCUCCUUACACUUAAGAGGAAAUGAAAAGUACCUCAGUAUAAACACCUCGAAUUGGUCUUUCAGGGGCCCUCUACCCAGAUGGGACAUCAAAAGCGUUGAAAAAGGACGACUCUGUUCCUCCAGGAGGCAGCUACACCUACCGCUGGGAGGUCCGACCAGAAUUUGCCCCAACAGAUGAUGAUGCGAAUUGCCUGACCUGGGUCUACCACUCUCAUGUAGAUGCCCCCAUGGACAUCUCUUCAGGACUUAUCGGGGCUCUACUAACCUGCAAGAAAGGUAUAAAGAUAAACUGUUGUGUUACUACAGUGUGUACUGUGUUCUGUCAUGGAAAAAUCUGUGUAGUAUGCAGCUGAAUCAGUGCUCAAGAGGUAGAAUGAGAUCUGAAGAGCAGUCUGGGCAUAUUUAUUGUACAGAUAUAAAAAUCUCCUGCCAGGAGCAUCUCUGUGUCAAGGGCAGUUAUCCAAAAAAUGUCCAAUCUGGCCACACUCUGAUGUUACUGGUCUGUCUGAGUUUUGCCAUCUUCCUCCAUGGGGGAUUUACUGUCUUGGCGGAAUAGGGUUCUGUAUCGGAGGACAUACAUUCACAACUGGUGGUUGAGCAGGUGGUUGUGGGUGUAUGACAGGCUGUACCACAGUUGGCAUCUACGCAUGGUUGUGCAUAUCUCCAAGAGUUGACCACCAUCGCAGCUUAAAUCUUUGUUUUUGCUUUGCAGCCCCUCCCAGCUGUAGUUGUGUCCAUUGUGUCUAUGAAUAUUCUUUUCUGCUCCUUCCUUCAGUCUCCAUUCUUCCUCUCUGAUAGCAUGUAUUACGUGAUCACAAAACUGUGCAUGUGGUAUUGAGGUCAAUCUAACAACUUCCUCCAGUCUGCUCUGGACUUACGUAGGAAGAGCCUCAACAAUGGAGUUCCUGAACAGUGUCAGUAGCACUGGGCUGCUAUUAUGUUGAGGAAAACGUGCAUGUAUGGAUGAGAUCUGAAGAUCAGCCUCGGCAUCUGUGUUGUACAGAUGUAGAAAUCAGGACAGCUGGCACACAGAGUCUAGACCAGAGUCUUCGUAAGAGCCCUGAGCUCUAUGCUGGUAAGUGUGCUUGUGUGCACCUCUCAAGAGUGUGUGUUACAAGUGCAAGUCUGUCUAGGUGUGUAUUACGAGUGCGAGUCUCAUCUGGCUUGAUACCAGACGCCUGGGAGGUGAGCCAAGGACAUACUAUAUUGUCUUAAAAUCAACAGAACAUUAACACUUCAGGAAACACUCGACUUAGCUUUUCUGGCAACCACCAGUGGCAACAUGACUUCAACAGAUCUAGAAACACUCAGGCUGACUCUACAAAUAUUUACAACACUGAUCCUCCAAAUAUCUCUGCCUUUUAUAAAUCAUUGGCAUAACUGUCUAUGAUUUCCACCACAGUUCGAAGUCAAAUUGUCUCAAAUUAAUCAGUGUAACUCUAAUUGCUUUGAGAUUGAUGCCCCUUUUUGGCUGUUUGUGUUCACAUUUACUGUCGACCGGGACAAUGUCAGGAAAUUUCAGGAGUGUGAUACAUGUGUGAAAAUGGCUUUUGUGGCAGAAUUAUCCCUGGAAAUAAAUUUUAUCUCUUCUCUAGCCACUCUAUCACGUGGAGUCCCACAAGGCUCCAUCCUCGGCCCCCAUCCUUUGUCUUUCCCAUUAGUUAAUUUCAUCCAGGGGCAAGUCUCCUUCAACUGUUAUCCCAGUGGCCUUCAAUUCUAUCAAACCAGACAAACAAACGAAGAAAAAUUAAAAAACUUGUCAGGUAAAAUAAUACUUCAAAUUUUCUUUUAAAGGUAAAUGGCUAGCAUUUAUCAGCUGUCCAUCUGUCUCAAUCAAGAGUAAAGUCCACUCUCAUUAGCUUUGAUCUAUUUUGACAUUAAACCCUCUAUCUUAUUUGUCCAAUCUCUCACCAGUGUUGUUGUUUUCACUCACUGUGUACACAGAUCAGCAGGUUGUCCUUACUAAAGGUGUUUCCACCUGCUUGCCACAAAAAAAUGCUAACUGGUUCAAAAAAGGGAGCGUAUAACUAGCGGAGCCUCUUUCCAACAGCUUCCAAAACACUUCACAAGUGGUUUCCAGCUUAUUCUGUUUGUUUUUAAAGCCCUGAAUGGCUUGGCUCCCUCCUGUAAAGCAGACCCCCUGAGCCCCCGCACAACCUCCAGGCCUCUGAGAUCAUCUGACACGAGCCUCCUGGCAGUCCCUUGCUUUGGUCUUAAACUUCGAGAUGUCUGCAUUUUUUCUUUCAAAGACCCUGGACUGUGGACCAGCCUUCCCUCUUUAUUCUGACCCACCCCCUCUGUUGACUCUUUUAAGUCUUAAACAUGCUUUUAUUUGUUAGUCACAGAGCCUCCCCUGCCUUGAAUAGGCUGUUUUUUUGUGUUGGCUGCAUUGUUUGCUUUUCUCCCCUCCUGUUCAAUUGUUAUGCUUUUCCGUAGUUUCAGUUUUGAUGCUCAGGCUUUGGACCACCAUCAUCUCUUACACUUUUCUAGAACUACUCCAUUGAAAAUUUUGGAAAUUAAUUGAUUUCUGUCAAAUUGUUUUUGUUUUGGGGUUAAAAAUAAAAUUUUAGAGUUAAAAUGAUCAGCAGCAUUGACUCAAAAGGUUGUGUGAACUCUCAGAUCUCAUGUCAUUGAGGCUUUAGGUGACACAAACAUCUUGGUCUUGACUCAAAGAAACAGACUGAUAUUUGUGAGAAAUCCUACAACAGGUGCCAAACUUGAAGAAGACUGAAACGAUGGUGUUUGAGUCUAAGUGAGUGGGAAAACAAAGACAAGUGGUCAUCAGCAAUGUGUCGAUCAGCUGGCUCUGCUUUUACAAAAAUCCAGGCUGAAGUUUAUACUGACAGUACACUUGGCGGAAGUUUCUCUUCUGGACUGAAAGAAAUUAUAUCUUAAGAAGUUGAUACUAUUAACCAAUGAUUCUCAGAAGGUGUCAAUACAUAUUAGAUGACAACCUGGUGAUUGUUUUAACUGUUUAUCUAUAAAUCAGACGUGUCCCUCUACACACUGUUACUUAAUAUUUAAUGUAAUGUUGAUACUGUAAAACAUAAUGUUUAUUUACCUCAUGUUCAUAAUCCACCUGUAAUAUACUGACAUGAAUAUAUUUUUCUAAACCUCUCUUCACUCUUCAUGGUACAUAUUUGCUCUGCCAUUUUAUAUAUGUAAGUUAAAUGUCUGGUUCGAGGUUGUACAUGCUUUGUAAUUUUUGCAACAAUUUUGUAGAAUUUCAUGUUUACUGUUUGUAGAUAGAGGGCAAAGUUUAUUCGAGUUCAUUUCCUAGUAUGUGUACACAUACUCAGCCAAUAAAGCUGGUUUUGAUUCUGCUUGUGUCUAUAGAGAUUCACAAUUCCAAGUGAGGGAGGAUGAUGGAAACAGGAAAGUCACUAUGCCUGUAUUAUGAAAGGGUGUGCUCUUGUAGUCUUUGUGAAAACUGCUCCGUUGUUUUGUGUUGUUGAAGUUUUUUCUGGCACUUGAGGACAAGCCCAAGAACAAAUUUAUCAAAGGAAACAUAAAAGUCUGACAUCCACAAAAGCCAAGGCCCAAGAAAUUAUUAACAGUAAAAAUCAACAAAGAGAGCUUCACAAGAAAAAUUACAAAACUGGAAAAGUAUUUAUAAAAGUACAUUUUUAUCCUUUCAAACUUGCAUCCAGUGUGUGCUAAAAUCCGAAGAGUAAACUCCUAUAUGGGCUUUAUCACAUAUGUAUGUUUCAGUGUAAUACUUUCCUUUUGUCUGCCUUUUUUCUGUGGUUGCAGGGAUUUUAAAGGAGACCAACAAGCCAGGUUCUGUUGUAGAUUCAGCCAGAAAUGAUGUGGACCAGGAUGUGUUCCUGAUGUUCAAUGUGGUGGAUGAAAAUUUGAGCUGGUAUCUGGAGGAAAACAUUAAGAAGUGUGGUGAUCCAGGUGGGGUGGACCGAGAAGACCCAGACUUUGAGGAGUCCAACCUGAUGCAUGGUGAGAGAAAAGUCUUUAACUUGUGUAAAUCAACAUUUUCACUGAACUGUAACAUCAUCAGUAAUCGUGCCAGAAUGAGGCAUCAGUAUUUCCAGUCCCCCUCAACAUAACUCUGAGAUAAAGAAGGUAAACCAGCCGGAUGUGCUCUGUUCUUCCUCACCUUUCUUGCCUCUGUCUGUGUCUUCCUCCUGUGUGACAGCGAUAAACGGGUACAUGUUUGGUAACCUGCCCGGGAUUGAGUUAUGCCAGCACCGUGCUGUGGCCUGGCAUUUGUUUGGCAUGGGGAACGAGGUGGAUAUUCACUCUGCCUUUUUCCAUGGAAACACUCUUCUGGACCGCGGCCACCGCACUGAUGUCCUCAGCCUGUUCCCAGCCACGUUCGCAACAGCCCAGAUGGUCCCCAAGGCAGCAGGGAAGUGGCUGCUGACAUGCCAGGUUAAUGACCACCUGCAGGGUAGGACAUCUUACCUUUCACUUCUGUGUGACCUUUGACCUCUCUGCCCUGAGACUCAACUGCUGAUAAGAAAGAAUGCAUUUUUGAGAGGUGCACUUCUGUUACUCUGUCAAAGCAUGAUGUUAGGAGGGUGUGUUUUUGACUCUGAACAUGCCAGGUCUUGUUUCCUUAAAACGAUUCAAAGUCCAGUGAGCAAAGAACUGAUUGAGAAACACUUGCUCAGCAUAUCAUGAAUAAUGUUGACAUUUGCAAAACCCUUAAAUUGUAUACAAAGGACAAUAUACUUACUGUACACAUAAUGCUUUUGUGAGUUUCACAUGAUAUGUGCCCUGUAAGACCCUCAUGCCAACAGAAAAAGAGAACCAAGUAAUACGUGUUACGUGGACCUGGGUGUAUUUAUUAUUUUACAGACUAUUAAAUCUGACUAUUCGCAGACGUUGUGUUGAUUUCCCAAGACUCCAAAGGUCAUGUUUUUACAAGAAGCAUAAACUUGUCUGUGUCAUUGAAGGUCUGUCUCUGUUUCUUUUCCAGCUGGGAUGCAGGCUUUUUAUGAAGUGAAGUCAUGCGACAGUGAAACCAACUCCACAGAGAUGGGCAACGGUGUUGUGAGGAAUUACUACCUGGCAGCAGAGAAAGUCCUGUGGAAAUAUGCCCCCUCAGGGAAGGAUCUGAUAAACAAUGUAUCACUAACUGAGGCCGACAGGUGGGCAGAAACAUUAUCAGAUUUAACAAAAAACACUGCAUCAAUCGCAGGUUACAAAAAGGUUGACUCCUAAAUGAGCAUUUAGCCAUUUCUACAGAAUUAGUAGAAGUAGAAGGUUUCAUAUAACACAUUUCUCCGAACUAGAGGUUAUCCUGGAUCAUGACCAUUUAUCUUCACAGUCAAUUUGCUGAGUUGUGAGAGUAGGAGCGCUGCUGACAACCUUGCCAAAAUUCAUAUCUAGCCAAAAACAGCAGAGGUCUUCAUUCAUGCAAUCUUUGCAAAUUAACAUCUUAAUCUAUAAACUUUCAAAAAUGGCUUACACCUCUAGAAUACAUUUGAGUCAGCUUUUGUAAAACUAUUUAAUGUCUAUCACCUCACCUUUUGCAAAAAAACUUUGUUGUUCGGUUAUGCAGCUUCAUGGUAAAUCUCAGAUUUUGAUUCAAAGUUCAUGCAGUCUUUUUUCUUUUUCUUUUUUUUUUUAGCAGGAGCACACAGAAUGACACAAGAACUACAUCAACACUCAAACCAGACCAUACAAAAAAUCAGACUUAGUAUCUGGACAUAGUACAAAUGACAUAGUAUGGCGAGAUAAUCUAUCAUCUAUGGUUGGUAAGACAAGGGUCUCUCACCAAUUCUUGUCUAAUCCUCAGAGGACUCAUUAUUACAUAACCACCUGUUGACUGUAAAUUAUCCCUCUUAGCAACUUCAGGCGUUUACAACUUCACACAAAAUGUUGAUUCAAGAGUAACCCUGUUGAGAUAAAAAAAAAAUAAUAAUUAUUGACACAUCUUUAAAAAAUGUCCGUCUGAUUUCAAAGGUCACACCGUUUCCAUGGCAACAGAUUUUAAAGAGCCUCUUUGGGAGACAAAUUAGUAUUGAACUUUAUAUUUUAAAUUCACAGUCAAACUUUCACAUUCUUAUUUGUAAUUAAUUAAAGAUAACAGACUCCUGCAGGAAUAUUUCUGUUGACAUUUCUAUCAUCAUUCAGACAUUGACAUGCCUGAAAACAUAAAAGAAACAAUAGAUAUCAAACUAUCAUCAGUACCUCUUAUGGUUUAAUGUAAACAGAAACCACAUUUUAACACACCCGGGUGAUUAACUAAGGUGACAAAAAAGGACAUAAGAGAUGGAAAUUCUUACGGAGUGAAUGUAUGCAAAAGUGAAAUGCAGAGGUGUGCAAUAGUGGUGCGACUUUAGAAAUGAAGCAGCCAGUUGAUAUCAAGCAUGCACCUUGCACUGGGAUAAAAAAAAAUUCAUUGAGUCUUUUUGUCUUCCACAAAGGUGCCGUAAGAAGUCAGCCAAAUAGCAAAUGUUCUAGCUCUUUCUGAAGUGCAUGGGUCUUGCAGUUCAGUACAGGAAAAGCAUUCUUAAGGGUCUACUUGUUGAAAAUGGUCCAAGCCUGGCCUGAAUCCUAACAGAGAUAUCACUGACAUUCAAAAAAUGCAUCCUUAAAAGUUUGAGAAAGACAGUGUGUACUUAUAAUACCCCUAUAAAUAAUCACUGCUUUAUUAAGAGUGCACUCCCCUUUUAAGGCUUGCAAAAACCUCUUAAUGACAUUUUGUUUCUGUGUGUGUGUGUGUGCGGGGUUAUGAGUGUGUGUGUGUGUGUGUGUGUGUGUGUGUGUGUGUGUGUGUGUGUGUGUGUGUGUGUGUGUGUGUGUAUGUGUGUGUGCAUGAGGACAGACCUCUGGACACGGCUGGUUAAAUACCAUUCCUGCGGCGAAGCAGCUUUGUGGUGUCUAGAGUAAACGUGUGGAUAGUGAUGCAGUGACUCAGUUGUUAUUGUGUCUUUGUUACUGUUGCCUGGCCUGACACAGUGAGGCCCGACUGACUGGCCGGCUAUUUGCUCUGUUUACUUUUCCUGGAGUAAGAAAUUACACACUGCAUUCCUCAUCCAGGACACGGACUGCACACUGCAACCUGGUCAUCCUUUUUUUCUCCUUCACUGACAACAUCCUCCUGCUUUGUAUCCUCUAUUUCCCACCCCUUCCCCUCCCUCUUAUAGUGCACCCGAGGUGUUUUUUGGGACAGAGGGAGGAAGGAUUGGCGGUACCUACUGGAAAGUGAGGUACAUAGAGUACACAGACGAUACCUUCACCACCAAGAAGCCCCAGGAUUCACACUUGGGAAUCUUAGGUAAGAACAUAUAAAUCUCUCUUUUCUGUUUGACUUACCUGACUGAGUUCUUAUUGUUUAGUUUUUGUCUGUUUAUGUUUUUCUGUUUAACAGGACCAAUCCUGAGGGCAGAGGAAGGGGACACACUUCGAGUGACAUUCAUGAAUUUGGCUGACAGGAAUUACAGCAUCCAGCCUCACGGCCUUCACUAUGACAAACACUUUCAGGGGAGCAGCUAUGAAGACGGUAAGGGAGCAGACACACACACACACACACACACACUAGCACAGUCAAGAAGCAGGGAAACUAUUUGUUCAAAUAAGCAGUAGUCAUUUAGAUUGAUAGACUUUUGCAUGAAAAUUUCCUAUACAUGGAUACAAGGAGGACCAAUCAGCAUGUUCGUGAUGCAAACAGGGAUGAGUGAGGGCUUUAAAGGGAUAUUCCAGUGUAAAAUUAAUUUAGGGUCAAACACUCCGUAACACGAGUUUGACAUCCCCUCGAGAGAUGAAUGUUGACGACCGCUUGCUUCUCUAGUUAUACCAACUUUAGUAACGACCCCCCCUAGCAAUACACAGCGGUCUGAGGAGCCAUAAAGAAACCUCAACCAAAUCCUCUCUUCCAGCAAACACUUGUUUGUAGCGAAACCUCAGGCCAGUCCAUGACAGACUGCUGUGGGGUGACGCAGCUCAAGGAAGAACAUUUAUGAUCAUUUCUUUAUCAUUUCCUUAAAGUAAUAAUCAUCAUAUUAAUCAUUUUGCACUGCAGAUGUGGUAGAUCUUCUGCCUUAGCGUCUCAGUCUGAUUGCAUUUCCAUAAAGAAAUGAUCAUAAAUGUUCUUCCUUGAGCUGCGACACCCCGCAGCAGUCCGUCAUGGACUGGCCUGAGGUCUCGCUACAAACAAGCGGCUGUUGGAAGAGAGUACGUGAGUUGUGUUCAGUCUCUUUGCGAAAGAAAUCAGGCAAAGUUAAAAAUAUUUUUGGUGGCUAGUGCUAUGACUGGGACCCUAUAUGUUCUGUUGAUGAAGUUAGGUGCUGUUCUGAGCAUUAUUUGUGGUUAUAGAGUGGCGUUAUGGUUGAGGUUUGUUUAUGGCUCCUCAGACCGCUGUGUAUUUCUAUCGUGCGGUUAUUACUGAAGUUGGUAUAACUACAGAAGCAAGCCGUCUGCAACAUUCAUCUCUCGACAGGGUGUCUAACUCAGUGUCACAGUGUGUUUGACCCUAACUUAAUUUUAUGCCGGCAUAUCCCUUUAAAACUAGUGAUGAACCUCGGUGAUUCGUUACAGACAGUGUCCGUAGUAAAAGAUCUGAGAAGAGGUGUGCCGGUGCAGAGACUUAUUUAACCAUUGCUCACCUAUUACAUCUAAUUUUUUACGUGAGAGGUGAGAAAUUUAAUAUUUUUACAAUAAUUCAAACAAGAAGAGGAUACCAUCAAUGAAAAAGUUUAGCCUAUCCCCAAUCCAGGACCAAAGGAGGCAUAAUUGUUGGUUGAUUAUUUAAUGCAACCUUUUAAAAUGUAACUACAUGAGGAUACAAACAUGAAUAUAUUGUAGAUGCCGUAGAAAAAGGCACAAAAACACAUGGUGUUAAAGGGGAAAUCAUCAGAAGAAAAAUUGAGUUUAUUUUGUUUACUGCCCCAAAGGUGUCGACAAGCCAGGCUCCCACGUCGCUCCCAGAGAGACUUUCACCUACACUUGGCAGGUGCUGGAAGGUCCGUCCUCUUCUGAUUCCCCCUGUAUCCCCUACCUGUACUACUCUGCCACUGAUCCUUCCAAAGACACCAACUCUGGGUUAGUGGGACCCCUGCUUGUGUGCAAGAAAGGAGCACUGGGGGAGAACGGGACCCAGGUGAUGUAUCUCCAUCCUCACUUAUCUUGCAUUUUGUAGAAACCUUUACCUCAAAGUGUCAGUUCUUUCUAUUUUUAAUGGCUUGAAGUCCAAUUUUCAUAGAUCGAUUUACACUGAACACUGUAGUAGGAAGGUAAUGUUGAGUUAAACUUUAACUUUUCUUUUAUCCCCACAUUUAUUAACCUUUAUUAUGUGUGCAUUGUUUGAACAGAAAGAUGUAGAUAGAGAGUUUUUCCUCCUGUUUUCUGUCAUGGAUGAGAAUGCGAGCUGGUAUUUGGAGGAGAAUAUCAAUGACUUUGGUGGUGACCCCGAGAAUGCAGACUUUGAGGAGAGCAAUUUGAUGCAUGGUAAUCAUUCACUUUGUUUUAUUAGCACUCUGCGCCAAUGUAACCUAAUAAAUAUUAUGUUUUAUUAGUGUUUCUUUCUCUUUUUUAAUUCUCACCUUCUCCUUUCAGCUGUAAAUGGGCUGACGUAUGGGAACCUUCCUGUACUGGAUAUGUGUAUCGGGGACAGAGUUCAGUGGUACACAUUUGGCAUGGGCACAGAGGUGGACAUCCAUGGGGUUUAUUUCGAGGGCAACACCUUCAAGAAGCAGAGCACAACACGGGACACUAUAAGUCUGUUCCCUCACACCACUGCUGCCGUUACCAUGGAACCGGAUUCUUCAGGUUUGUCACAGACGAGCACAAACUAACAAAAAAACAUCGACAGCUCAGGUCGACUCUUCUAAAAACAGACUUAGAUCACCAUCUGUCAGUGCUGUCCUCUGCCAGAUAUACCACUCAGGAAAGAGUAUAGUGGGGAAUGUAAAUAACUUGAGGAAACAGGAAAUGGACAAAUUUGUUCUUGAUGGUGUUACAGUAGCCUGUGGUAUGUUCAAGGGCUUCAUGCAAGUGACAUAAAACAGAAUUUCCACAAUUUAUUACGCCACUCUGUUAGUUUACAAUUUUAGACUUUUUUACAUAACUCUUUUUGUUUUCUUCAGUAAAAUAUGCUUAACUUUAGUGUUUUGAUAACUAAGAAAAAUUGUAUUUUAUGAAAUCAUAAAUGUCAAAUGAGGAUGGAGUAAUCUUUAGAAUAAGAAAAAAAUGAAUACAGUUUAACAUAACUGCAAAUGGAGUAAAGAGGACAAAUCUUUUUGGGUUAUGAGAAUUUCGUUUGCACAUCCAGCUGCAUACGAAGCAUACAUGCGUCUCUGCUCUAACGGAUGUUUAUUUAUACCUAUUUAAAGAUUAGUAAUGAUUCUAUUAGUCAGAACAACAAUAAAAAGUUGGUGAGAAAGUCUAAAAGAGUCUCCUCCAUUACAGUUGCUUUGAGAAUUGUCAGUCCCCGCUAGGUUUUUGGUCUUUUCAUCUAAAUUUUCUUGAAUUUUGGUGUUAUAGAGGUCAACAGAUUUUGGAACAAAAACUAAAAUUCUGGAGUUUUGCUCAUUUUUAUCCAUGCAAAGGUACAGGGUGUAGUAGUACUUCGCUGGACCUGGUCCCCAUCCAUGAUGGCUGCCAUGUUUCUAGAGUUACACAUCACAAACAAAUUAGCAAUAAUCACAUGCAUUAAAAAACUAAAGGGUUAAAAUUAAACUAAUGGAAAAGGAUAUUUAUCAAAUGUCACAGGUUUCUUGUGGUCAAGGGCCAUCCUCAUUUAAAGAGCUUCACCAAUAGGAGAAGUGAGCAGGGGAAGAUCUGAUCGGUACUCACUGAGAUAACAAUACACAACAUUACAUUUUUAUGUCCACAAUUCCACAUUUACCUUCAGAAUAAGAGCUAAAUAUCAGUAGAAACCUCCCUGAUAACAAACAGGGAGAGAUGGUGCGUAUCCUUCUUUUUUCAUCUAAACUCAUUCUCCAAAAUCCAAAUCCUCAACCUCUUCCCCUCCUCCUGACAGGUACGUUUGAGGUGAGCUGCAGAGUGACGGACCACUACUCAGCCGGCAUGAGGCAGCAGUACAGAGUGAACCAGUGCUCGCAACGACAAGUGAAGAGCACACACGCGCGUUCAGCUAAAACUGUGCAGUACUAUAUCAGUGCCGAAGAAAUCGAGUGGGACUAUUCACCAGAGAGGGAUUGGGAGCUUGAGAAACACCACGCCACAUUAGAAGACAGGUGUGUGACGAGGAUAAUGACGGGAUGAUGUAUUUCAGUGCUCUGUGUUUAGUGGGAUAAGUUAUUACUGUUUGUUAAUGGAAGCAAAUUAUCACAUGUCUCCCAGCCCAGGCAGCAUAUUUGUGGCGAAAGGGAAAAACAGAAUAGGUUCACGCUAUAAGAAGGUGGUUUACAGAGAAUACACUGAUGACACCUUCAGAGUUGAGAAGAAACGGCAACCCAGCCAACAACACCUGGGGGUUAUUGGUAAGAAUAGCUGUUUUUUUUUUUCUGUUUUAAUCUAAAGAAGACUGAAUAUGAAAUGGAGUUUUUUAAUCAAUUUAUUGUGUAGGUCCAAUAAUCAAAGCAGAGGUUGGAGAGCAGAUUAUGAUCACAUUCAAGAACAAAGCCAGCCGGCCAUACUCAAUCAGCGCUCACGGAGUUAAGGCCAGUGGCACACACGUUCCUGUCCAACCUGGUGAGAAUUUGUUCAAAAAGUCAUAUCCUUUCUUUUCAAAAGCAAAAGAGUCUGAACUUUUCUGUAUGUUCUUCUUCCUCCAGGAUAUGUGGUCGAGUUGACAUGGGACAUCCCUACAAGCUCUGGUCCGGGGGUCUCUGAUCCAAACUGCAUCUCUUAUGCUUACUACUCCAAUGUUGAUUUUAUUAAGGUGCAUAAUACACAAAAAUGGCAACUCAAAAAGAGUACUAGCCGGGAUUUCAGCGUUGAAAACAAGGGUGAUUUUAACAAGAUUUAACUCUGACCAGUUUUAACCAGUUUUCCAACAAAUAAAUAUGCAGUAGGUUUAGAAAACUAAGAUGAUAACACAACAACAGAAACCAAAACAACAAGGUGAACUAGAAAGAUAAUCUGUGGUUUGAAAUUAUGAAGUAAAAAUCGUAAAAUUUCAAAUCCUACAGAGAGCCAAAGACAGAAACCAGGAACCUUGUGAUGUGAUGUCAAAGCAACAGUCAGAGGGAGCACGUAUUUCACAGUGCCGCAGUAAAGAAAUUGUCUAAACAUGCAUGCUGUAACAACUUAGAAGAUUUACAUGUUUGUGUCUGUUUAUGGGCAGGAUCUGUACAGCGGUCUCCUGGGGCCUCUUGUGGUGUGCAGGCCGGGGACUCUACGGCGCGGUGUGGGGUCAGACAGACAGAGGGCUGACGUGGAGAAAGAGUUUGCUUUGCUCUUUAUGGUGAAUGAUGAAAACCAGUCCUGGUACUUAGAUGACAAUAUCAGGAAUUAUCUUGGCGUCGACCCUGAGACCUUCACGCCAGAUGAAGACUUUGAGGAGAGUAACCUGAUGCAUGGUGAGGGAUUAGUAAUAUGGGUUGAGGUUAAAUCUCUUUUAUCCAUGUCAGAAUUAAGGCUUUGACUGAUGGGAAGCUGUGAAAAAAGUGAGGUCAUCACACCAGUAGCAACAUUAGGAUGGGGUGGAAUAUGUCUUUUGGUUGUUGUCCCUUUCAAAGCAUUUUGCUAAAUUUUACAAUACUCACACAUGCCACACAGGCCUUUGAUUUUGUUCUUAAAGACGCCUUUUUCUAAUUCCUGUGGUGGAAAUGAGCUGAACUUACAAAAAUGGUUCAUACUGAUGAGGAGAUUUGAUAAAUUUUACAUUGUGAACUGUGUACAUCGAUGUCUGGGCAAACCUACACACAGUCUAAAACUAACAAAAUCCAAAAUAUUGAUACUUUUGUACUUGGUGCAUUGAUGAUAUUUUAUUGUGCGUCUGUGUUUCUCUGAGUGUAAAUGUCUCUUUCAAAGGGAUCAAUGGAAAGCUUUACGGUAACCUGCAUGGACUGGUCAUGACACAGGGCGAGAAAGUUGACUGGUAUCUGCUUGGUAUGGGAAACGAAGUGGAUAUGCACACCGUUCACUUCCACGCUGAGACUUUUACCUACAAGGUACAUAAUCCCAUCUACAGCUUUCUUUUUCUUUUGUUUCUUAAUCAAAAAGUAAAGAGGAGUAGUUUUACAAAAGUAAUGCUAAUGGUGGUGUUGUAGUACAGUAAAAGCCCAGUCUUCCUGAGUUGUUUUGAUGUUGAUCCCUGCGCUCCAGAUGUUGACUUUGGCAUGAGGACCACUCACACAGGAAGCUUCUUGGUCCAGAUUUACUUUGCUCUGAUUUCCUUAUCUUUGUUCCCCUCUGAUGUACUUUGUAUGCGGCGCAUGUGUUUGGCUGGGGGCUGACAGACUGACCGCAUACAUCGCGCAGACGUCUUUGACCUCUUUCCAGGGACUUUCCAAACUGUGGAGAUGGUAGCAGGGAACCCAGGGACGUGGUUGCUUCAUUGUCACGUGACUGAUCAUAUCCAUGCUGGCAUGGAGACCACUUUUACAAUCAAAGGUGUGUGUGUGUUUACAUGAUAGUAAAUUCACUCAUUCAAUAUGUGCAUCCAUUGACGUGAUUUUUUCUAAAAUAUAACUUUUUUUUGUUGUUGUUUAAUCACAGAAAUGUCAUCAGGAGGUAAGUACUUAUUUCUUUAUUCAAUGAUUAAUAAACAGUUGAAAUGUUACACAUGUACAACCUGGUGUAAAAACUAUGUUAUUCAGUUCUUUUUUGAUAUUAAAGAUAAGUCACUUCUUUGCACUUUAAUAUUACACACUGUCAAAUGUAAAAUAGCUUUAAAGCCAUUUUAAUGUAGAAAUUUGGCAUAAGUUUAAUCAAACAGCCUUAUGUGAAACUGAAAUCUUUAAAAUUAUGUCCACAAAUACAUUUUUUAAACAAAUAUAAAUAACAUGUACGAUCUUGUUUUAUGCAUCCAAGCACUUUAAAAAAAAUGUAAAACAUGUUUAUUUAAAGGGAUAUUCCAACGUAAAUUUAAGUUAUGGUCAAACACACCGUAAUACUGAGUUAGACACCCUCUCGAGAGAUGAAUGAUGAGACCGCUUGCUUCUCUAUUUAUACCAGCUUUAGUAACGACCGCACGAUAGCAAUACACAGCAGUCUAUGAUCCACGUGCAACCAAAGCAAGUUACAGAAUCUGCUGAGGAACAAUCCAUACAAAAAUCAAUUGAGAUACAGCCUGUAUUUGAAACGAUGAGUCAUAAUGUCUACAUAGUGCAGAAAGCUCCCAUGCAUCGGGUAAACUUUGCUGUCACAUAAUAAUUUACUAAUCCCAAAUGAUAUUUUAACAAAAAUAUGUGUACCCUCAUGUUCACUAUGAUGGUUUGUUGCUACACUCUUAAGAGUUGAGAGUACAACCCAGUUAUGUUUUAGUACUUUAAUAGUGUAUUAUAUGAAUAAAUAGGAACCAAUGGCUGCCUGGAACUGCAAACAACAGAAAAUCAAAUUUUCAGCGCACAGUAGCGUGAAACCCUAAAGCAACUAGCUCUGAUAUGCUCCAUGACUAAUCUGGGUUAAGCGUGCUUUAGCAGUAUUGAUUAUCCCAUGCAGUCUGGUCAAUGUCACAGAAUACCUUUCACUGCUCUUGUCUGGUUCAUAUCAGGUCAGGAGUUAAACAGCAGAUUGCACACUGUUUGUUGGUGCUUUUGUUUAAACACUAUGGAAUGUGUUGUUGGAUUGUUUCUUUAUUUGCACAGGUUUUAACAGAGAUAGGGAAAAAUCAUGUGAGUCAGGCUUCCCGUAAGAGCUGCAUCACCUGAACGUUGCACAAGACACAUUUAUCAUUUAAAAAAUAGUAUUGCAUUGGAAUUUUAGUUUAAAAAACGUUGAAAAUGUUUUAGGUGGUUUCAAAUUGUGGUUAUCAACAUGAAGAUAUGUGACGGUGAAUGCACCAAAUGAUGACAGAUAUAGCAAAGAGACUAAUCAGGUAUCAACCAAAGUUUGGCAUUGAGGUUUACUCACUUUACUCUCAAUAUAGAACAUGUCACUCUAAUCAUGUCAAGCCUUUUAUUUCUAACUCUUUAUCCCUACAGCUGCGGCAGUUGGAUCUAAAGGCUCUAUCGGGACUCUGCUGCUCCUGCUGGCUCUCUAUCUGGUGGCUGUAGGUGAACUGCACUAAAGAAGGGAUUCUUAUGUGGCGUUCACACUGAGCGCGAGUAAAAUCAUGCGUGCGAGUGAAUUACAUUUAAAGUCAAUGCAUAAAUGAGAUUGGACAGGCAUUCUACUCGGGCGACACGAAUGAUGGGUAGGGGAGAGUGGGGUGAGUUGAGCCAAAGGGUAAGUUGAGCCACCCCCUGUUGCUUGGAAUUGGUAUAAGACAUUGAUUAUGUGACCAAAUAUUUAGGAGAUGGGCAUCAAUUCAUGGAGUCUGUGAAGGUUAGAAGCACAUGGGACAUUUACUUCCAACUCACUCCAUACACGGGGUAAGUUGACCAUAGGAGACCACUUUUUGCUAUAUUAUCAAGACAGUUAUGUUUACACUUAUUCUGUUGGUUUGCAGGGAUACACAACAGCUCGAAAUAUAUGCAGAUACACUAGUUAGACACAAAACUAUGAAAUAUGAAAAGUGGCUCAUCUUACCCCACUCUCCCCCACUACGCAUCACAAUAUUAUUUUACUCUCGCUUGGUGUGAACGCAACACUGUGUUGUACAUUAGUCACCAUGACAGAGGUCAUUGAUGCACUUCAAAAAUCCAGGGACAAAAUCACUGUUGUAAGGAUGUUAUUUAUGUUUAUACUGAAAUAAAAAAAAGCUGAGCUAACACAAAAUAUAUUCAGAUAUACUGUGUUUUAAAUCCAGAGCAUCUUUAUUUUAUUAGAACAAAAAGAAGCAUUUUAUAUUUGUGUUCUGUCUCUAUGUUGCCGUUUGCUGGCAUAUUGCACUGUGUUUAUAUGUUUGGAUGCUUAACAGAGCACAGCCUUACCAAAUAUUUGAUUUCUGUCAUGAAUGUGCAAUAAAAAGAUUUAUUAAAAUACAAAUCUGCCA